GCGAUGGAGCUGAGUUGGAGCUGAGAAGUUUGAGUAAGAGAUAAGGAAGAGAGGUGCCCGGAGCCGCUCGAGUCCGCCGCCGCCGCAGCGCCUCUGCUCCGCCAACUCCGCCGCCUUAAAUCGGACUCCCGGAUCGGCAAGGGCGCGGCGCAGCGGGUCAGCGGCUCCCUCAGCCUUGGCAACCCCGGGGGCCACUGUUUCCCACCUAGCCACAGCACCAGCAUCCUCUCUGUGGGCUGUUCUCCAACUGUCCAACCACCAUUUCACUGUGGACAUUACUCCCUCUUACAGAUAUGGGAGACAUGGGCGAUCCACCAAAAAAAAAACGUCUGAUUUCCCUAUGUGUUGGUUGCGGCAAUCAAAUUCACGAUCAGUAUAUUCUGAGGGUUUCUCCGGAUUUGGAAUGGCAUGCGGCAUGUUUGAAAUGUGCGGAGUGUAAUCAGUAUUUGGACGAGAGCUGUACUUGCUUUGUUAGGGAUGGAAAAACCUACUGUAAAAGAGAUUAUAUCAGGUUGUAUGGGAUCAAAUGCGCCAAAUGCAGCAUUGGCUUCAGCAAGAACGACUUCGUGAUGCGUGCCCGCUCCAAGGUGUACCACAUCGAGUGUUUCCGCUGUGUAGCCUGCAGCAGGCAGCUCAUCCCGGGAGACGAAUUCGCGCUGCGGGAGGAUGGGCUUUUCUGCCGCGCGGAUCACGAUGUGGUGGAGAGAGCCAGCCUGGGAGCUGGAGACCCUCUCAGUCCCUUGCAUCCUGCGCGGCCCCUGCAAAUGGCAGCCGAGCCCAUCUCCGCUAGGCAGCCAGCCCUGCGGCCUCACGUCCACAAGCAGCCUGAGAAGACCACCCGCGUGCGGACUGUGCUCAACGAGAAGCAGCUGCACACCUUGCGGACUUGCUACGCCGCCAACCCUCGGCCAGAUGCGCUCAUGAAGGAGCAACUAGUGGAGAUGACCGGCCUCAGCCCCCGAGUGAUCCGAGUCUGGUUUCAAAACAAGAGGUGCAAGGACAAGAAGCGCAGCAUCAUGAUGAAGCAGCUCCAACAGCAGCAGCCCAACGACAAAACUAACAUCCAAGGGAUGACAGGAACUCCCAUGGUGGCUGCUAGUCCGGAGAGACAUGAUGGUGGUUUACAGGCUAACCCAGUAGAGGUGCAAAGUUACCAACCGCCCUGGAAAGUACUGAGCGACUUCGCCUUGCAGAGUGACAUAGAUCAGCCGGCUUUUCAGCAACUGGUCAAUUUUUCAGAAGGAGGACCAGGCUCUAAUUCCACUGGCAGUGAAGUGGCAUCGAUGUCCUCUCAGCUCCCAGAUACACCCAACAGCAUGGUAGCCAGUCCUAUUGAGGCAUGAGGACUGUUCAUUCAGAUCUAUUUCUUUUCCCUGUUGGAGAAAGUGGGAAGUUAUGUUGAACUCCGAAAUAAAAGUAUUUAACGACCCAGUCAAAGAAAACUGAAUCAAGAAACGAACGCUCCAUGAAGUGCACGAAGUCUGUUUUAAUGACAAGGUGAUAUGGUAGCAACACUGUGAAGACAAUCAUGGGAUUUUACUAGAAUUAAAAAACAAACAAAACCCCAAGCCCAACAUAUGCUAUUCAAAUGACCUUAGGAGUACUGAAAAAGAAUAAUAAUAAAAGACGUUUUUAAAACGUAGAGGAUUUAUAUUCAAGGAUCUCAAAAAAAAAGCAUUUUCAUUUCACUGCACAUCUAGAGGAAAAGCAGAAAUAGAAAAUUUUCUAGUCCACCCUAUUCUGAAUGGUGCUGUUUCUAUAUUGGUCAUUGCCUUGCCAAACAGGAGCUCCAGCACAGAGCUGAAGAAACUGGCCUCAGUGGCUGAAAGAGUACUUUCAGGAAGGCGGAGCUACGUUGGGUUGGUUUGCUAUGCUUUUAGUUGAUGUUGACAAGGGGUUAAUUGAAAUUCUGGGUCUCUCUAGCAUGCCCUGUAGCCGGUUUCUCUAUUACUUUUGCCUUUUCUCCUAUUUUCCCUUUCUUUUUCUUUAUUUCUUUCCUUUUUUAAUUUUUAAAAAAAAUUUUUUGAGAUCCAUCCUCUAUCAAGAAGUCUGAAGCGACUUUAAAGGUUUUUGAAUUCAGAUUUGAAAACCAACUUACAAAGCAUUGCAACAAGGUUACCUCUAUUUUGCCACAAGCGUCUCGGGAUUGUGUUUGACUUGUGUCUGUCCAAGAACUUUCCCCCCAAAGAUGUGUAUAGUUAUUGGUUAAAAAUGACUGUUUUCGCUCUUUCUGGAAAUAAAGAGGAAAAAAGGAAACUUUUUUUGUUUGCUCUUGCAUUGCAAAAAUUAUAAAGUAAUUUAUUAUUUAUUGUCAGGAGACUUGCCACUUUUCAUGUCAUUUGACAUUUUUUGUUUGCUGAAGUAAAAAAAAAGAUAAAGGUUGUACCGUGGUCUUUGAAUUAUAUGUCUAA